AUGGCAGUUGCUGCAUACACCCUCUGGAGCGCCGAAGGGUCUCUAGCUCUGACUGCUUUAAGCCACCUGAUUCUCUUCGACUCGCUAGGAGCAAUGCUGUGCGUUGCCGUGGAUAUUCUCGGCAACUUCGAAGUUUGGAAACGGUCGAGCAUUCGCCAUCCUUUUGGUCUUGAGCGGGCGGAGGUGCUGGCGGGGUUCGCCAUGUCGGUCCUUCUGGCUUUUAUGGGCCUGGAUCUGAUCUCACACAACCUUCAACAUAUUCUAGAAGGGUUGGGAGAGCACGAGGCCCACCAUGCUCACGACCACGAUCGGAUUUCUGCCGGCGAGGUCGAUUCAGCAGCUCUGCUGGCAGUCGGCGCGACGCUGAUAAGCGCGCUGGGCUUGAAGAAUCAUGCUAGAAUUGGGAAGGCUAUGCGUUUUGCAUACAUCGAGUCCCUUCCUUCCGUGCUCGGGAAUCCAAGUCAUUUUUUGACAAUAUCGUGCUCGCUGAUUAUGCUGCUCCUGCCACUAUUGAGCAUUCAGACCUAUCUGUGGAUCGAUCGGCUGAUCUCGCUUACAAUAGCUAUCAGCAUGUGUACUCUAGGUUUCCGACUUGUGAAGACACUUGGCUUCAUGCUGUUGAUGAGUUAUGAUAAUUCGCAAGCAGUGGAUGAUAUAUUGAGGGAUAUAGAGAGCGAUCCGUCUGUGACCGGCAUUGAUGAUAUCAAGUUUUGGCAGGUCCACUAUGGCUUGUGUAUGGCGGGCUUGAAAUUGAGAGUGAGAGGAAGCGAGGAGGUCCUGAGCAGACUAAGGGAAAGAGUGCAAGGUUUGGUCAGGGGUAGAUUAGGAGGCGGAUAUGGUGGAGGAGGCAGCAGGUGGGAAGUUAGUGUGCAGAUGGACAUCGAUCGUUUCUAG